GCCGCCCCGCCCCCGCCCCACGGCCCGGUGGGGAGCGCGUGUCUGGGUCACAUGAGCCGCCCGCCCGCCAGCCCGGGCCCGGCCCCCCGCCGCCCCCGCCGUCCCCGCCGCCGCUGCCCGCCGCCACCGGCCGCCCGCCCGCCCGGCUCCUCUGGCCGCCUCCGCUGCGCUGCGCUGCGCUGCCUGCACCCAGGGCUCGGGAGGGGGCCGCGGAGGAGCCGCCCCCCGCGCCCGGCCCCCGCCCGCCGCGCCCGGGCCCGGGCCCGCGCCAUGGGGCUCUGGCUGCCGCCGCCCCCCGCGCCGCCGGGCUAGGGCGAUGCGGGCGCCCCCGGCGGGCGGCCCCCGCGGGCACCAUGAGCCCUCUGCUCCGCCGCCUGCUGCUCGCCGCGCUCCUGCAGCUGGCCCCCGCCCAGGCCCCUGUCUCCCAGCCUGAUGCCCCUGGCCACCAGAAGAAAGUGGUGUCAUGGAUAGAUGUGUAUACUCGCGCUACCUGCCAGCCCCGGGAGGUGGUGGUGCCCCUGACUGUGGAGCUCAUGGGGACCGUGGCCAAACAGCUGGUGCCCAGCUGCGUGACUGUGCAGCGCUGUGGUGGCUGCUGCCCUGACGAUGGCCUGGAGUGUGUGCCCACUGGGCAGCACCAAGUCCGGAUGCAGAUCCUCAUGAUCCGGUACCCGAGCAGUCAGCUGGGGGAGAUGUCCCUGGAAGAACACAGCCAGUGUGAAUGCAGACCUAAAAAAAAGGACAGUGCUGUGAAGCCAGACAGGGCUGCCACUCCCCACCACCGUCCCCAGCCCCGCUCUGUUCCGGGCUGGGACUCUGCCCCCGGAGCACCCUCCCCAGCUGACAUCACCCAUCCCACUCCAGCCCCAGGCCCCUCUGCCCACGUUGCACCCAGCGCCACCAGGGCCCUGACCCCCGGACCUGCCGCUGCCACUGCCGACGCCGCAGCUUCCUCCGUUGCCAAGGGCGGGGCUUAGAGCUCAACCCCGACACCUGCAGGUGCCGGAAGCUGCGAAGGUGACACAUGGCUUUUCAGACUCAGCAGGGUGACUUGCCUCAGAGGCUAUAUCCCAGUGGGGGAACAAAGAGGAGCCUGGUAAAAAACAGCCAAGCCCCCAAGACCUCAGCCCAGGCAGAAGCUGCUCCAGGACUUGGGCCUCUCAGAGGGCUCUUCUGCCAUCCCUUGUCUCCCUGAGACAGUCAUCAAACAGGACAGAGUUGGAAGAGGAGACUGGGAGGCAGCAAAAGGGGUCAUAUACCAGCUCAGGGGAGAAUGGGGUACUGUCUCAGUUUCUAACCACCCUGUGCAAGUAAGCAUCUUACAACUCAAUAAGAAGACCCAAACCUCUGCAUAAUGGGAUUUGGGCUUUGGUACAAGAACUGUGACCCCCAACCCUGAUAAAAGAGAUGGAAGGAGCUGUC